AUGGUCCAAGCUACGCCCUCCACUUCGACCUCGUCGGCCGCUUCGAUCCCGAACCGCUGGCAACACCUCGACCGGAUUCUGACGCGUCGAGGCCCGUUCGUCGACGAGGACUCGUUCCGGCCGACCACCUUGGACAAGAGCUUCCUGCACACCGAGGCCAAGAUUCUCGUCAUUGGUAAGCGCUCCGCUCGUUUUAGGCGUACGAUGGGGAUUGAAGGUUGACCAUUACAAUCACACGCUCUCUCGUCUCCCUCCAAAGGCGCCGGUGGUCUCGGCUGCGAGAUCCUCGCCAACCUCGCCCUGCUCGGCUUCACGGACCUGCACGUCAUCGACAUGGACACGAUCGACGUCUCCAACCUCAACCGCCAGUUCCUGUUCCGACCCUCGGACGUCGGCCAGUCCAAGGCCGAGUGCGCCGCGCGCUUCAUCAUGCAGCGCGUGCCCGGCGUUAUCGUCACCCCUUACCACGGCAAGAUCCAGGACAAGGACGACGCCUACUACAUGAGCUUCAACAUCGUCGUCUGCGGGCUCGACUCGGUCCAGGCGCGCAGGUGGAUCUCCGCGACGCUCGUGAACCUCGUCGACCCCGAGGUGCCCGAAUCGUUGAAACCACUCGUCGACGGCGGCACCGAGGGGUUCAAGGGUCAGGCGAGGGUCAUCCUCCCGACCGUGACGAGCUGUUACGAGUGCUCGUUGGACAUGUUGACCCCGCCGACGGCGUUCCCGAUCUGCACCAUUGCCAACACGCCGAGGCUACCCGAACACUGCAUCGAAUGGGCGUCCUUGUUGGAAUGGCCCAAAGUUUUCAAAGGUUCGUUCGCUCUCCGAAAUUCGAUGGGGGGGUGGUCCCCUUGCCUCCCUCUUUUUCUGACCGACGAGCUUGCUUCGCAUCGACACAGACAAAAAGAUGGACACGGAUAACCCCGAACACAUCGAGUGGCUCUACACGACCGCGCUCCAGCGAGCGCAGCACCACUCGAUCGAAGGCGUGACCUGGUCCCUGACGCAGGGCGUCGUCAAGCGCAUCAUUCCCGCGAUCGCGUCGACGAACGCGAUCGUCGCCGCGGCGUGCUGCAACGAGGUCUUCAAGAUCGCGUCAUCGUCGAAUCCGUACCUUAACAACUACAUGCUCUACACCGGCAACGACGAAGUGUACACGUACACGUUCGAACACCACAAGAAGGACGACUGCCCCGUCUGCGGCGACACUUCGAUGCGCCUCGAUGGCGUCGUCGGCCGCGACGACACGCUGCAAGAGUUGGUCGACGUCCUGAUCGAGAGGGGCGAGUUGCAGAUCAAGAAACCUUCGCUCUCGCUCGAGAUCGCCUCGCGCGCCGACGACGGAACCCCGGGGCCGACGCGGAGCAAGAAGCUGUACUUCCAGGCACCACCGCAGUUGGAGGAGAUGACGCGGCCGAAUUUAGACAAGACGUUGGGCGAAUUGUUCGAAAGUGUCGAAGGGGGUCUGGUCACGGUCACGGAUCAGGGAUUGCCGUUCAGUCUGGGUCUCGAGAUCAUCUUCAAAAAGGACUGA